GUCCUUGAUUAUUACACUACAUCUAGAACGAGGCUCUUGACCUCAUAAAGGUUAUAUUUCAAUGCUCUUGUCCCAUGUCAUUAUUCGCCUCCAAGUCUGCUGCUGCGUCUUCUGCGAAAGUCUAUUCACACAUACCUUCGACUCCUUCGCCUAGCUCUAAAUAGUAACUUGCAGCGAGCAGUCUUGUUUUUAUUGCCAUGUCGGUCUCCUACUCCAAACCCUUACACAGUGACACUCCGGCGAAGAUGCUAGAGUCCAACGAUAUAUAUUUUGCCUACAAGUUGGGCUACCUCUCAGGAGCAAACAUCCGGAAAGAAGCCAGAAGGCCGGAGCCUCGCCUCUCCAAACUGAUAGGACAUGCCUUGCUGUUCGACUGCACACGAAAAUUCAUCACUGAGCAUACUAUUCUGGAGAGUGAUAACGAGUCCGAAGAUGGAUCGACAGAGAUCGAACAUAUUGAGGAUGCGGAAUUCAUUGAAGGAAAGGCAGAAGUUGUCUACAUGGAAGACAUUGACCAAGAAGCAACCAUCGUCGAUCUUGUCACCCCAUCAAAACUGGCAUCCAAAGAAUCGUGGUCCUACAGCCAAACAGAACUGUGCACUGCUUCAAUAGUAGUCUCGCACCCAUGCGCAGAUCGACAAGACCCUACCAUGCUGCCAUGGGAGGACGAGAGCGACUCGAGUACGGAGCCCGGGGACGAUGGAGUUGACGACGAUUAUUGGAGCGACUCUACAUGCGAAGAAGACGAUGCACCAGGACACCUCUCCACCAAAGACUAUGAUCUAUGUGGCUAUUCUCCAGAUCUUCCAACCUAUUACAAUCAACCCAUCUCCAAAACAAAUGACGACCAGGUCAUCUGGUCGGAACAACCACGCAUCAUGUCGUUACGACAAGUUGAGGACCUUUUUGCUGAAACGUUUGGCUGAAAUGCCAACUUUGUGCGAUCGCCUCGCACAGUCGCUUUGUUCUUAUACUCAUUCACGACAUCAUGUCAUCUGAACGAUGACCUACACCAGGCUGAAAUCAUUCGAUACCCAUUCUUAUAUUAUUCAAGGGUUGAGGGGAUCACAGACACCGUGUCUGGUUGCGACUUUUAUUUUUUUGUCGCAUUCGCAUUCGCAAUCCUGAAUUCUCGGAUUGUCGACUACUUCUGCAUCGGUAUGCUACCGCAAGCGUCUGCAUACAUUUUAUGAUAGCAAGGGCAUUGGACCGCAUGUCUGCCCAGGCGUUGCCAUGAACAAACGCCAGCCCGUAUUGAGGCAUGUAUCAUAUGAAAUUAUAAUACCCGGGCUUGUUUCCUGGGUGAGCAAGUCCAUAUUUCAUACCGCAUCAGCAAAGUUCCAGAAACACAUACCGUAGUCCGUACAGCAUAAAAGUGCACAUGUACGUGCUGUAUUUUUUCGGGCCACAGGUGUCCAGUCUUCUGGCUAAUGGUUGCUCGACCUUCGUAAUCCUCAUACAUCCACGCUGACCCUAGCGAGAAUACAUUCCCAAACGGGGCACGGACCGCUGACGUAGACCUACGAUGCACCUUCCAUUGAAUCUCGACUCACGCCGUACCCCGGAUUAUGUUAUGGUUGAAAAUGCUUGGUCAUCUAGAGAUUCGAUUCAUUCUUACCGUAUAAUUCAGCUGCGAAUACAAGUUAACAUCUGAUCGAGUGCAGCGAUGAGACAACAACAGGAAUCAGGCUUCAUUGUUGCUGGACUCGAGACCGGACCAAGGCGCAAAAAUACUGGUAGUGUCAGGGUUGAGUGUCCUCACUGGGCAGUUAUCGCUUACAGUAAGCCGGGCAUUUCACUGGCAUUCGGUCUUUUUGCGACUAGUAAUCCCCAAAAUCGAGUGUCAGUCGACGAAUCCGUCCUGUUAAAUGGGCCCGUGAUCAAAAGACGUUGGCAAACUGGGGGGGAGAUGCAGAGCCUCUUCGAAGAAAUCGACCAAAAUGCACGAAGCUAAAAGACGGAGCUUGGGCUGCGAUACCAAGGGCCUCAGACAGCCUAGGCAACCAAAAACGGCACCCAAGUUUUCAUAGAAUCAACGGACACAGGGGCCACGAAGAGUACAAAUUGUUUCGUAAGUCUGCCAAGGUUGGGACAAGUCCAGGCUCCUUGGUCGUUCUGGACAUCCGUUACAUCCCAAUAUGGGGUGGACCCUUGACUUUUGUCCAAGCGACGUCUUCAAAGAUAGGUCAAUUGGCAGAUGUGACAAAAACCUUGAGCUCCAACCAGCCAGGACGUCACUGCCUGAAGAGUCAAAGCCAACCCAAUAUUAAUGUGCAAUUAAAGAGCCUGUGCACCCUGACAUAUCUGCACAAGUAGACCACGCGGCGAAUGAAUCAACAAAGAAUCUCUCUACACGCA